GAGGGGGGUGGGAGGGGAGGGGGCGCGGGGAGCAUCCAAACCAGAGCUUGGAUUGACAACGAUUUUUUAAAGAAAAAAAAAAAAGAAAAAGCUUUCUGCACUUUUGACCGUGAAAUAAACUCAUCCCAAAGUUGUUUGCCUGUCGAGGAGCGCGAAGAGGUGGAGGUUUGGUUGCUUUUUUCCCCCCUUCUCCCCGUGACAAAGCAUAAAUCAGGGACACCAGGGAAUCGUGGGCCUCCGGGAAUCCUCCCAAGACGACGCUUGGCCUUGUCCCUCCGCAGAGAAGGCGAGGGGGGGGGUGCUUGGAGGCCUCUCUGGAACCGGAGGGGAAAACACGAAGCAAAACAUGAGUUGUGUGCCAUGGAAAGGAGACAAGGCCAAAUCCGAGUCCGCGGAGCUGCCCCCGGCGGCGCCCCCCGACAUCUACCACGAGAAGCAGCGCCGGGAGCUGUGCGCCCUGCACGCCCUCAACAACGUCUUCCAGGACGCCGAGGCCUUCACGCGCGAGACCCUGCAGGAGAUUUUCCAGAGGUUGUCCCCCAACACCAUGGUGACCCCCCAUAAGAAGAGCAUGCUGGGAAAUGGGAACUACGACGUGAACGUCAUCAUGGCGGCGCUGCAGACCAAAGGCUACGAGGCAGUGUGGUGGGACAAGCGCAGGGACGUGGGCGCCAUGGCCCUCACCAACGUCAUGGGCUUCAUCAUGAACCUGCCGUCCAGCCUGUGCUGGGGGCCGCUGAAGUUGCCCCUCAAGCGGCAGCACUGGAUCUGCGUCCGAGAGGUGGGCGGCACCUACUACAACCUGGACUCCAAACUCAAGACCCCCGAGUGGAUCGGCGGGGAGGGUGAGCUCAGGAAAUUUCUCAAACAGCACCUGCGGGGGAAGAACUGUGAGCUGCUGCUGGUGGUGCCCGAAGACGCGGAGGCCCGGCAGAGCUGGAGGGCGGACAUGUAAUGGCUGCCGAGUCCCCAGACAUCUCUGCGUGCGGCCCCCCGCUCGGACAGUGCAAUAGGACGGUGGGGACUGUGGCAGAGCCAGCCAGCAUUCCUGUUCCCGGGAAGGAGAGCGGGGCGCUCGGGGGCGCAGGGCAGGCUGUGGGCGACCCUGUUCUCACUGGCGGGGAGCAGGCGAGGGGCAUCCCGGCGUCCCUUCCUGUGCCCCCCCCACAAGCACUCUGGGGGUCCCCACGCUGACCCGCCCAGAGAUGCUGCCGGGCCCACGCCCCCUCUCCCGGCACCGUGGGCUCUGAAGACGGCGUGUGCCGGCCGGCUGCGAGCAGGGGGGCCUCUCAGGAAACCGGGUCCGACCCCCGCAGCGGUACAGCAUGCGGCCCCCGCCGGGCCUGGACGCCCGCCUUCCCCGCCCCGCUCCGGAAGGUGGUCCGAGCCAUCCUUCAGUUCUGUAGUGAGACGCUCUCAGUUCCACAUGCCAGCCAGGCGGAUCCGGCAAGAUGCUCGUGUGACAGGGUGAGCUAGAGGGGCCUAGAGAGGCCAGACAGGGUCCUCCCUAGCCCAGUCCUCAGACUGGGCUGCCCCCCCCAACCCCCCCAACCCCACCCCCUGGGGCAGUGCCUGCGCUUAUCUACAUGGAUUAAGGCGGCUCUGGUAGGGUCAGAGAUGUCAGCGUCGGCUGUGCCCUCCCCGUCUGGACAGGUGGGCGAGGGUGGGGGAUGGGAAGGUGAGCGGCUCAGGAGAGGCGGAGAGUGGGCUGUGGAGAGUGGGCCGCGCAGAUGUGGAGGAAGGCGGGCAGGUGGGGAGCCGCAGAGCCCCCCCGGGGGGCUGGUCCCCAGCACGGCCACCUCCCUGUCGUUCCCUCCACAGUGACUGAGGAUUGGCCCUCCCCUACCUCUUGAAAUAGCUGCCGGCCACUUUCCUCCGGUCAGCGUGGGAAAGGACCCGGGCCGCAGCUGCCUCGGCCUGUCACCCUGCACAGGUCCUCGCUGCCCCUCGGGCCGGGGUGGUGGCCUCUGCAGCACCAGAGGCUGCAGGGGGCCAGGGGGCGGGGGUGGGCAGCGCCGGCGUGCCAGGCCAGAGCAGGCUUCGCGGGGCGGAGCCCGGGCUUCCUCCCGCCGUGACUGGAGUGCAUGUUUACACCAGCACUUUCUCUGCACAUGGAUCUUCAAUCCCACAAGGCCGUUUUUUUAUGCUAAGAGGCCACCAGGCGGCCACUGCAUUACAUCCUCACAGCAACUGGCCACCGUCUCUCCUGCACCCUUUUCUACAGCAGCCCUGCUUGGCCCCCCAGGGAGCUCCUGGCCCCCGCACACUGACAUUCCAGCCACCACCAGCCCGCCAGCCCCAGGGAGCUUGCUGGGAUCGCCCCGGCCACGCCCGGGAGAGCAAGCCAUCUUCUGGGUACAGGGGAGCGCCAACCCUGCGGGGCUGGUUUCUGUUCACAUCCAAUCUGGUGCUUAGGACAGGGACCCCUGCCGACGCCCCCCUUCCUCCCAGAGAGGGGCGGGCCUGACCCUGAUGCCCAAUAAAGGCGACCCUAGGCUUUUUGUUUGUUCUUGCUUUUGUUCCUUUUUUUCUUUGGCCUUGUGCUGGGUUUGUUUACAGAAGAUGUAUUUUGUUUAACCAAAUAUUAAAGAUGAAAACUGUACAGAAA